AUGGCAGCACUAGCUACCCAGCUGGAAGCUAUUGCCCAGCUAGCCCAAGCCAAGUUACAGCAGCAGGAGUCUGGUCUCUCUGUCAGUCUGGCUCCCUCACCUGUAGAGCCCAAGAAAACUUACAAAACACCUAUGGAUAAAGAAAACCAGUCAUCAGUCACCGAGCUCUUGUUACUUGGGUUCCCAAAUGUUACUGGCUACAAGGCCGUUGCUUUCUUCAUUUUUAUCCUGAUUGUUUAUAUCCUCACACUCAUGACAAAUAUUAUGGUCAUUGUGUUAGUAUCCAUCAAGCCGCAGCUCCAUUCCCCCAUGUACUUCUUCCUCCAGCAGUUUUCAUUGGUUGAGUCCAUACUCCUGACUGUAAUUGUCCCUAAAAUGCUUCAUGUUGUCUGGUUAGAAGGAGCUACCAUCUCCAUUAUUGGAUGUAUAACCCAAACUUAUAUAUAUUGUGCCAUAGGGUGCACAGAAUGUCACCUCCUCACUGUCAUGGCUUAUGACCGGUACUUGGCCAUUUGUAACCCUCUUCGUUACAACGUCAUUAUGGAUUUGAGACUUCAGCAUCAUAUGGUUGUCUAUUGUUGGGUUUUCGGCUUCCUCCUGACCCAGAUCACUCUUGCUCUUCUUUGUCAGCUUGAGUUCUGUGGCCCCCCAGUGAUUGACCAUUUUUUCUGUGAUGCUAUUCCUUUUGUUGACCUUUCCUGCUCUUACAAGUUUGCCUUAAAGUUGGAGAUCAUGAUCAUCUCUGUCCCUAUCAUUGUCAUACCUUUUAUUUUAGUUAUUAUGAGCUACACCUGCGUCUGUUUAGCAAUUUUUGGCAUCUCCUCUGCAACAGGGAGGAAGAAAACCUUCUCCACCUGUAGUUCCCAUCUUGCUGUGGUCACCAUGUUCUAUGGAACUCUAAUUACUAUCUACACAGUUCCAGCUAAUGGAUACACCUUGCCUAUAAACAAAUUCAUUUCAUUUUUAUACAUUGUAGUGACUCCCCUGUUCAAUCCGAUUAUAUAUUGCUUGAGGAAUCAAGAGAUGAGAGUGAUCAUGGAGAGGAUAUUUAGAAGGAGACAUAAAAAAUAA